AUGGAGUGCCAUGUUUGGGGCAAAGAGUUUAAGCGCAAAGGCCAUUUGACCAGUCACUUGACAAGGCCAAACCCUUUGGCUGCAGCUCCUGUGGCAGACAAUUUUCUCCAUGGCUUGUCUCGAGCGUGCGAGAUCAAAGCAACACUGCCAGGUGAAAGAAGGCAAGACCCUCAGACCGAAGGACAUGAUGGUUCGAGGAUGAACGAACCCGCAGCGGAAGAAGACGAGAGUCUUAAGGAGCUCCGCGUUGAUGACAUGUCUCAAAACUUCAACCUGGGCCAGUUCGAUGACGAGAGCGUUGCAAUAGAUGCUUUGUGUUUCUUUGCAAUUCAGUUUGCUGGUUUGAGCCAGGGGUUGAAGAUGAGCGCGCAGAGGCUGGUUUAUGGGAGCAACUACCCAUUCACACCUCCCCAGGCCGUGGAACGUGUGACAAAGCAGGCUGAUGCUGAGCUCCGGCGGUGUUUUAGUGAGGCUAAAGUGCAGGGAGUUUGUCACGCCAAUAUCGCCUCUGUUUUGGAGUAG